AUGGCGAGCGAAAACGCACUGAUCGACCCCUACGAAUCGAUACGAUACAUACCAGCGCGCUACGACUACGAAGACUCCGACAACUCGGCCUUGAACCUCAUACUCACACUUCGGCCAGAAUGGCGCGAAUCUAAGGACGCAGUCGAAUUCGUGCGUUUUACAGACGGCAUCACGAACACACUUCUGAAGGCGAUCAACAAGCAGCCGGGGCUUUCCCAAGCACAAAUCGACGGCGAAGCGAUCUUAUUGCGGGCGUACGGCAAAGAUACCGAAGUCCUAAUAGACCGCAAAAAGGAAACACGGUCGCAUUGUCUGCUUGCCCGUCACGGCCUUGCACCAGCGUUGCUCGCUCGCUUCGACAACGGUCUCCUAUAUAAAUACCUACAAGGCAGCGUCUGCUCACCCGCAGACUUGCGCAAGCCGGAAGUAUGGCGCGGGGUAGCACAAAGGCUCGGGGAAUGGCAUUCCACAUUACCUAUAGCGAGUAUCAGCACAACAUGUCCCACACCCACUCAGAUCGCCCCCUCCAGAACCAAACGUGCUUCACUUGUGGCAAUGGCAGAUUUGACGCCAGGCAAACCGAUCCCGAAUAUCUGGACCACGAUGCAGCGAUGGAUCCUCGAGUUGCCCAUAAGCACCACACAACAAUUCGAGCGCCGGACCCUCCUGCAGAAAGAAUUACAAUGGCUUGUUGCCCGUCUGGGUGAUACACCUGGUGUUGGUGGCACAAACCCCUUCGUAUUCGCCCAUUGCGACCUCUUAAGCGGAAAUGUCAUCAUUGAACCCACGCCCUCGUCUGCGUCGGCUUCGCGCCGUUCCAGCGCGUCUGGUGGUUCAGAAGAAAACGAACCGCCGGCCACCGUGUCGUUCAUUGACUACGAGUACGCCACGCCGGCACCAGCCUCAUUUGACAUCGCGAACCACUUUGCCGAAUGGGGCGGCUUCGACUGCGACUUCACCGUCUUGCCCACGCGCCAUGUCCGCCGAGCUUUCCUGCGCGAGUACCUGUACAGUUUCAGCAUGCAUAUGAACCGUGCAUUUAAGGAGUCUGAGCUAGACGAGUUGUUCGAGCAGGUUGAUGCAUUCCGCGGCGUCCCGGGCUUCUACUGGGCCAUAUGGGCGCAGAUCCAGGCCCAGAUUUCCUUGAUCGAUUUCGACUACGCGAGCUACGCUGAAGUCCGAUUAGGCGAGUACUGGGCGUGGAAGCGCGAGAUGAAUGGCGAGCGGGCUGCUGCUGGGGAGCAAGUGCCUGUGCGGGAGAGACGGUGGGCGCAGGACCAAUAG